UCAGGCAGCAGCAGGCAGAGCUGGCAGCUUCCCGCACUACCGCCCUGCCCUGGACCAUACUCACGGACCCGCGCACGCCCACCAACACCCCUAGUAUAUAUUUUGGUGCUGGUUUGCCUUGAACGUCCAAGGAUUUACUUCCAGGGACCGUGGGUGGAUGCAACGACGACGCCCUUCAUUUAUUUCGGCCUCGUGUUGACAUUUCGUUUUUCCGUGCGCCGAAAAAGCUGGGGGUUUAUUAAGUGCAGAAUCUCAGCUCUGCCUACUGCUGUUGCGUACUGGAGUAGUGCGCUAGAGCUGCGUAGCUGCAGCAGCACCUGCGCUUCAUGUACGUGCCGAAGAUCCAUGCAGCGACCGCUGCAGCGGCCGUACUUGCAGCCCGCGAGGGGCAGGCGAGAGCCUUCCACGUCAACAACAACAACGCAUCAUCGUCAUCCCGAUUGCUCUUGCGUGGCGUACCGCGUGCUUCUGCUGCCGUCCACAGCAGCAGCAGCGACAGGAUGACUGCGACCACUGCUGCUGCUGCUCUCCCGUUCUUCUGUAGCAGCAGCAGAGGGAACCGGGCCGGCUUUUUUCCCUCCUUGUUACGACCAACAGCAGCUACGCUCGCGUUCUGUAGUUCCUCAACGGGAUGGUGGCGUUCGUUGCCGCGAGCGCCGUCGUCACACCGCCGCAGACAGGGGACAGCGGAGGCGGUGUCUAGACGGCGGAGGGGAACGGCGGCGGCGACUGGGACGACACUGCUGAGCAUGAAGGCGUCGGGGCAGGGAGGGGAGAAGGGGGAGUCCGUGCGGAACAGAGCUUUGGGGACGGUGGUGUACCUCCUGCCGAUGCUCGACGGGCUCGACUGCGGCCGCGACGUGUUCCACGCGGUGCCCAUGCUGGGGAGUCUCGUGCACGGCGUCCUCGCGCCAGCGCUGGCCAUCUGGGACAACGUGCCCUUCAUGCCCCUGGUGAUGUUCAUCAUCCUGCAGGUUUCGGUGCGACGGCAGGACACCUCUAGGUUCAUUCGUUUCAACGUCCAGCAGGCGAUCUUGGUGGACAUCCUGACCGUGGUGCUAGGGCUUCUGGGCACGGCGGCGGGGUACGUCGCGCCCGAGGGUGAGCAGUUCGUCACAAACUUCGCCUUCUACUGCCUGGUAGGGGCGGUGGCGUACGCGGUGGCGGAAACGGCGAGGGGGAAGAUGGCAAACCAGAUCCCGCUCAUUUCUGCUGCGGCGGAAAUUCAGCUUGGUCCGUCAUAGCCAUCCAAAGAGUGUCUCCGCGAUUCCGACCUCCUGCAUGCACUGGUCGACGAAAGCCGUGUGCGGGCUCGUUUGUGUGUUGAUGGCAACAGCUCAAGAGCGACGGCAGCAGAGCGGUGCAAGAAAAACCGUUCGGUGGUGCACCCUUGCUUGUUGUCCCGACUAAGGGUUGCGCUUUUUGAUUGUUUUGCCGUAGGGUACGUCGUACCUGGCCGUCGUGUUGGUCAAGGUUGUCAGGUUGUGGACGAGGUUGACGUAUUGCGUGUUUCUUGUUUGUAUUUGUAUUGGGGGGUGAGUUCAUCGGCGGGUGCUUUACCGUAUCUAUCGGAAAUUUACCGCGAAGGUCCCGGCGGCGAAAUCCGUUUGGAGCGGGCGGGGGGUCGUUCAAAGGCCCGCGAAACAAAAGGUAAACCACCGCUCUUUCUCUCAUGUCCAACUCAAAAUUCAGUGCCACGGCAUCUUUUUAGCGGUGCAUGACUACGUUCAAGACAUUUCGCUUCGUGGUUGAUGGUUGGUUUGUUUGUUGUGUACCAGCCUUGAGGAGAGGUUCGGGUUUGUAUUCUCCAUUCGGCUCCGUUGUUGUCGUGCUCGGUGUGUGCAUGGUCGAGCAAGCACUGCCGUCAUACGUACGGACUUGCACAGGGGUUGAGAGAAGAGACACCAUUACUUUAGUGUCCUCCUGGUCUUGUUUGGCGCGUGUGUACACAACCUGGUUGUAUGAAUCCUCUGUUCCAGGCAGACAAAAUGGCGUUAUAACGAGAAAGUGUCAUCUUCGUGCAGUAGUGACGUGAACCACCAGCCGUGUGGCCUCGUUCUACAUGCUUGCGGGGGCGGCGAUCACCCACCUUUUGUUAAAAUCUCGAAUGUUAUCUAUCCGAACGGCGUUCUCUCGGCUAGUCGGCCCAGGAUCAAUCAGCGUGUUUGAUACCCGACUUGUGCCUUCUGAGCGGAGUUUAGCCGCCCCUUUUUUGUAUGUAUCAACGACAGCAGUUUUGCAGGCGGCUCCCCCCUUCGUUGCAUGUUGGGGAAAAUUCUUGUUUCCUGUGCCGCGAGCCCUUCAUGUUAAAUUUUUGGUGGAUCUCGAUACGAGAGUCGAAACUACAAGACGCACGCGCCGUUUUUCGGCACCAGGCAUGAUUUG